UGUCCGUAUUUUCUAAAGUGAAUUCUUCAUGUAUCAUGUGAUGUAUGGGGGACAAAGGUGAUGGUGUUGGGCAUCAAACCACAACAGGCAGGUGUGGACCACACUGAUGGUCCUCGCCUGACAUCUAGUGGUCUGUUUUGCAAAGUGCAAAGCUGCCUUUAUUAACCGUGCAGGUAUGUUUGUGUGAUGAAGAGGAGCGCGUGACACACACACACACACACACGUGAGGAGUGUGUGUCUGCAGUGUUUCUGCAGCAGAGCAGCACAUGUGGUGUGAGACACACUUUACAUCUCAACACACACUCAAGAGUCCAGCAGAGACAGUCAGAGCCGGAAACAGCGGUUUACUGACUGUACCUCCAAAAUAAAAGCAAAGGUAAAAUAAGCAUUACAAAAGGAAAUAAAGACAAUUUUAUUGAAUGAGAAACGAAACAAGCGUGAAAUUGGAAUAUUGAACAAACGUGUCUCUCGUAUUUAGACUCUGAUUGGUUUAAACUUGUGUUGUGAGGGAUUAUUGUCUAGUUCCCCCGAAUGCGGAAGUGCACGUGUUACUAAACCCCGCACGCUUGACCACGUGCGUCUGGCGGCACAUAACCGCUGCGUCACAUCCGGCGAGAUUGGUCUUUUUUUGUUUUCCCGUAUCCGCCAUUUCAGUUUUUUGAAGUUAGUUGUCAUCGGCCGCGGUGUAGUAGCAGGAUUUGUGCGGCUCAAAGCUCCGGGGAGACGAACGGGGCAGAAAUCCGCUCCCAGGCCAGACUCCGGUGGUCCGUGCUUCCCGGCGGAGUCGCUGUGUCGGAGAUUUGAUGUCCAGACGAGCAGCUGCGGAUGUCUCCUGUUUACUGAACGUGCUCUAGGCGCUAAAGUUUUUGUAUGAGUUGAAGGCUCCGCUCGCGGAUAACGGGAGGGAGAGCACGGAAGGCCCCGGUGAAGCCUCGGCUUUGGAGUGGUUAUCAUGGCCGGAAAUUUUGACGCGGAGGACCGCGGCAGCUGGUACUGGGGUCGGCUGAGCAGGCAGGAGGCUGUGUCCCUGCUGCAGGGGCAGCGGCACGGCGUGUUCCUAGUGCGGGACUCCAUCACCAGCCCCGGCGACUACGUGCUCUCGGUGUCGGAGAACUCCAAAGUCUCACAUUACAUCAUCAACAGCAUCAGCAACAACCGGCAGUCCGGUCCAGGUUUGGUCCACCCCAGGUUCCGUAUCGGUGACCAGGAGUUCGACGCCCUCCCCGCUUUGCUAGAAUUCUACAAAAUCCACUACUUAGACACCACCACUUUGAUAGAACCCAUCAACAAGUCCAAACACACCUCCUUCACCAACGUGGGCCCUGGCGGAGGCCCCCCACCACGCCUGGAAGACGAGUACGUCCGAGCACUUUUCGACUUCCCCGGCAAUGAUGAGGAGGAUCUCCCGUUCAAGAAGGGUGACAUCCUCCGCGUUCUCGAGAAGCCAGAGGAGCAGUGGUGGAAUGCCCAGAACUCAGAGGGCCGAGCGGGGAUGAUCCCAGUGCCGUACGUUGAGAAGUACCGACCGGCGUCUCCCAAUUCGGUGGCCGGGCCUGGCGUGCCGCCGGGAGGGAUGGGGAUUCUAGGGAACUCUGACGGCUCCACGGCUCAGUCCGGCACUCCGCUUCUGGGAGACCCCAGCCAGUACGCCCAGCCCACCCCUCUCCCAAACCUCCAGAAUGGACCUGUGUAUGCCAGGGCCAUACAGAAGAGGGUGCCCAACGCUUACGACAAGACAGCCCUGGCUUUAGAGGUAAAUAUGGACAUGCUGUGUUUCGCCUUGACGCCCAGCAUCCUCUUAACAUGUGCUUAAGGGAAGAAGACAUUGAGCAAAGAGGGAUGUAGGAGUAGCCCUGUAAAGCUUAUCAUGUCUGAGCUCACAUUGUUUGGUGCUUUGAUUUUUUUCUUCUGUAUUUGUUGAGCAGGAAUCAAGGUCAGAAAAUC